AAUUUAAAAUGAUAUAUUAUCUUUAUUUAGUACCAUAUAUUUUAUGUAUUGGAAACAUUUUCAAUACACAGUUUCUCCUUAUACCAAUAUUUCUUUCCAAAGUUGCCUUAGGAAUGGAGCUACCUACCAAUGGCGAUAAUGAAGCAGAAAAUGUCUUAACAGCAAAAAAAUCUGUAACUAAAGAAGAAGAGGAAUUAGGUCAGAAUAUAACCAGAAUUAACUCCAGCGAAAUUAUACUAACUUCAACUACAUUAAUGAAAACAACUGAGACAAACAAAUCGACAGAAUCUGCGUUGGAGAAGGAUGAGCAUUCUUGGUGGCUAAAAGAUGCUAUAAAGGAAAUCGCUUAUUAUUUGAGAGCACAUAAAUUUAACGAGUUUGAUAGGAGGUAUAAUAGGAAUGGAACUAACGUUGAAAGAACCAAUUUUAAGCAUUUUCCUAUCCCACCUUUAAGAGCCUUACAUUGGGAAGUCAACAAAUACUGUAAACCUUCGUUUUUGGAGUGUGUAGAUUAUCUGAGGAAAAAAGUGAAACAUGUGGCUUUAAGAAGACAGGAUGAUACAUCAAUUGCUGCUCAAGAAAAUAACUGGGGUGCAAAUGCUUCUAGAAUGAUAAGUCAAGUAGAUUUGGAAUGUAAAAGGAUGAUGAAAAUUGACUAUGAUGUAGCACCACCCUUCGAAGGUCCUCUAGAACGGUAUCAAUGGCGAGUAACGGCAAGUUACUUUAUGUGUUGGUAUACUAUGAAUGAAAUACCCGAUUUAAAAUAUUUAGAUGAACAAUGUGAUAAUUUUGCUUACUGUUUGCACCUUUCUUAUGGACCGAAUAAUGAGGAUGUUCGAGCUGUGGAUAAAGUUCCGUUUAAAUGUGCAGAAUAUAGCUUUUGCCCUGAUCCUUGUUGUCAAGUUAUACAUCUACCGAGGAUAGAUGUAUGCUGGAAUAAUGUAAAAAAUCCUUGUUUUAAAGAAAACCCCGAAGGAAAGAGAGAAUGCCAGUUUAAAAGAAAUGAAAACACCGAUUUUACUGAUUUAAUCCUGAAUAGAUGGAACGUUUCUUGCCAUUGUCAAGAAAAGGGAUAUAUUUGGAACUCCCUUUAUGGACUUUGUGUAGAUAUUGAUGAAUGUAGUGAUGAAGUUCAUACUUGUAAUAAAGAAGGACAAGCUUGUAUAAAUUUACCUGGAAGCUACAAGUGCAUUUGUAGAUGGGGUUACUUCUUUGAUAAUAGUAAAAAGACGUGUGUUGUAAGUAAUGUCAUAGAUAAGAUAAAACUAAAUAGCGAGCCUAAGAAAAAUACUAGUAAUGGCCGUGAAGCAUGGAUCAUAGCAAAAAAAAUUGUAUUAACAAUUAUUAAUGUGCCAUACACCUCAAGUGGUAGCCAAAUAUUAUUGUCAAAUCUUUUGAAUGGUUAUUUUAUAGUUUUAAUUAUUUAUUAUGACAGUUUAUUAAUAUUUAAAGAUUUUGAUUGAUUGAUAUGUGUAUAAUAGAGUUUUAAUUUAUA